CCGUUGUCGGUGGUAGUGAAAUGGAAUCCAUAUGUAGCCGCUACUGCCUCUAAUUUCAGUGGAGUGCAAAGGCAAAAAAAAAGGAAGGAAGCAAGAACCCCAACACCCCUCUUCUCCCAGAACCACCGAUAUUCCUGAGUACGCUACCACCGGUAACCUCCAAACCAAGGGUCGCCGGUGUCAGGCAGAGGAGGAGAAGUUUAAUAGGGGUUUUUCAUCCAAGGGCAGAAAUAGUCGACACGCAUGGCUGGUGCAGUUCACGCGCCACCUCCUCCGUCAUCCUCCUCCACUUCUCCUCCGUCGCCGGCGAUGGAUGUCUACGUAGCUCAAGGUAGGAGUCCAACCCUAUCCGGCGCUUGCUUUAACUGCAAUCAACCGGGGCAUUGGGCCAGAAAUUGUCCUGCCAAAGCCAAGGCCAAGGCCAAAGCAAACCCGUCCCCUGACCCUGAGUUCGAUUUACCGGUAGUUCGAUGCCCCUGUGGCCGCGGUGCUUGUGUUGUCAAGACUACCAAAAAACAGAAUGAUCACUUAAGUUGGAAGUUUUAUGGUUGCCCUGGGAAUGCCCACCCGCCGUACGACGAAGGCUGCAGGUUCUUCAAGUGGGUACAUGAUGUUGUGCCAAUCGACGUUCCUAACUGUUCCUGUCGUGCUGGGAAAUGUAGUCUCAACAAAGAGUCGACGGGUCGAUGGUAUUUUGCCUGCAGAAUUAAAAAGGGUUUCGGAGCUUGUGAAUUUACUCAAAUGGCCGAUCGUCAUGUAACUGAAAUAAUGAAUCGGACGCGUUCUAAUCCUAGUACUGAGAACAGUCUAUUUAGGCCUAACCGAAGUGAAUCUUCAAAUGCCGAGAUGGAUGUUGAAGUCACAGAUGUUAUUGACUUAGCCAUGGAAGAAGGAGAGUCUCUGGAUUCCAUAAUAGAUAAUGGGGUUUCAGUUCCUUAUACAACCUCUGAUAUUUGUAUCCAGCUAACAGAAACUCAGAGGCUCAUUUCUGUUUCAGGAGGUGCAUUUAAACAAGAAAUCAUUUAUCAGAUUCUAUAUGAUCAUGCACAUGGUUGGUUGAAAAAGCUUGCAUUUUCUCCUUCCCAGAGCCUCAAAGAUGCUGCAGCUGUGCGUUGUGUUUUCCCGUCUUUUGAUCUAUUUGCCCAUGAGUUUGUUGCUGUUGUGCCAAUUAAUGGAGGUUCGGUCAUGCAGUCCCAAAAGCAAGUUCACUCGUUAGCUAGACAAAUGUCGGGGCGAGUUUCUUCAGAACCUUCUAGUAUGACGGAAAUGCAGGACAAAUGUUUCCCGAGGGUGUUGUUGAAGUCAUACGGCAAAGCCCUGCUCGAUGUUCUUGGGUCCUUGGGGCCAGCCGACCAUGAAAGAAUGAUAAAGCUGGCAGAUGACACCUUUCACAUAUGGCGUUCUAAUUUGGUCGACUAUGAGCCAUUCUCCCACAGUGUGAAUGAGUACAUUGAGCAUGCAUCAAGAUUGGCAAGGAUAGAUGAGUUAAUUCAUGGAAAGCCUUCUAGCCAGGAACUCUUGGAUUUUUAUCAUGAGGAGAAAGCUCGGUUUGAUGGUAUAUCUGAACUCCAUGCUGAUGCUGUUGCUGCACACAGGUCCUCCAGUUUUAAAUACGAGUCUCUUUCUAAAGAGGUGGAACGGAUGAGGAAUGAGCUUCUUAGAAUGGAGCAAGAACUGGCUUAUCAUGAGGUGAAGACUCAAGAAGACCAUGCCCAUGUGGUCAAGAUAUCAGAAGACAUGGAAGAAUCUAAGAAAAUCAUGGAGAAUGCACAUGAAAUGAUGGAUGAGGUCAUAAAACUUGAACAGGAGAAGGAAUCUUUGCUCGAGGACAUGAGUACUGCACUUGCAAUUGCAGCAGUCCAACUGGAAGAGUGAGUUAUCGAGCAAGUUUCGGUGAUGAGUUCAGGGUUGAAUUUGAGCGACUAUGUAUUGGUUGCUCGAGGAGUUAGCUGUAUUAGAUUUUUGUGAUUCUUGGUGUAUGUAAGUUGAUUGUUCUGCUCUAGGUUUGUUGCUGGUCUAUGUCACUUCUGUCUUCGUGUUGUGGAUGUACAGUGUCUCGAAGAACCUCUCACGGAAAAUAAGUAAAAGUGUAGUAGAUGCUGCCUUGAAGGGGUCUGAAAUACUCGCGAAGUAAAAUGACUGAUUGAGGAAGCCAUCUAUGUAAUUUGUACUUGGUAAUGUGUUAUGUAUUCCUAACUGUCAGCCAUUUCUCCCAACUCUGCUACUGUUUGUAUACUGUUUGUAUAUGCCACACUUGUAGGAAUGGUUAUGAGCAGAUUCAUGACG